AUGAGUGCCCUGCGGCUCACGGACUGUGCGUUUCCAGUGCCGGGCCCGCAGGGGACCGUCAACCUUGGCACCUUCGUGUCAUCUUUCACAGUGAUGCCGUCAGCCCCUCCCGUCCUCGGCCCGCCACACUGGGCCCCCUGGCAGCAGCACCCACCGAACAUCCUGGGCCCAGUGUUGCCCCCAGGAAGCACCCUGGUGCUGCCGACUCUUCCCAGCACGCCGUUGGUGGCAGCACAGGCCAGCUGUGGCCCAGGCUGGCCCGGGGCCUGCAACGUCACUGUGCACGUCUGGCCGGAACAGAGGCCCGUGCAGGCUCCCCAGCCUCAGACCUUUGUCGUGACUCAGGCCCCUCUCCAUGGGAACACUCCUGGGGCCCUCUGUGGGGGUGCUGUGUGUCCUGUGCCCCAGUUCCUGGCGGCCUCGGGAGUGAAGACCAUCCUGCCCGCCCCUCCUGCCUGGAGCACCCAGGCUAGCGAUGAAGGCUGGUCCCUGCACCGUCCACCUCGAGCUGCAGUGCCAGCUGCCCAGCUGGCCUCUGGUGGGCUCCCAGCAUUGGCCAGUCCUCGUCCACCUGGGGCCGCUAGGAACAGCGGCCCGGCCUGCUCGCAGCCCACCGCCUCGCCCGGGAACACCUGCCACCGCACCAGCGUGAACGAAAAGUUCCGGCGCUGGCAGCACUGCAAGCCCCUGGCCCGCAGGCACCUGCCCCAGAGUCCCGAUGCGGAGGCACUCUCCUGCUUCCUCAUCCCAGUGCUUCGGACCCUGGCCCGCCGGAACCCCACCAUGAGCCGGGAGGAGGUCCUGCAGCGGGGCGUGCAGAAGUGGCAUUGUCUAAGCAAGUCAGAGCGCAGCAUCUACUAUGUGAUGGCGGGAAGGUUCAUGGAGUUCGAGGCCGAGGAGGCGAGGCAAUGUCAGAACGCACAGUGGAUGAAGGCGGCGCAGGGCGUGCCUCAUCCAGCACCCCUCAGGCCUGUUCCUCGGGCGCCCUCAGCCCCAGAGCGGGGCCAGAAGCGAGCACGCAUCCGCGAGAAGGCCAGCGCCGGGGCCCAGUCCGCCAACGCCCAGCCACCGCGAUGCCGGCAGAGCCCGCACACCGAGGCGCCGACGGAGAUCCCCCUCGAGGCCGUGGCAGAGGGCCUGGAGAUCAUGGAGGGGCUGCUGGGGCCCAGCGGCCCAACUCAGGGGCUGCCCGGUGAAGAACGUGGGGAGGAUAGCUCCAAGCCGCCACAGGGAGAGGAGGGCGUCUAUCCAGACGCGGGUCUCCUGACCUACAUCAAUGAGCUUUGUGCCCAGGGAGACUUUCUCAACAAGGCGGACGCAGUUCUGCACCCACGCUUCCUGGCGGAGUUGCCCUGCCCGGAAGCCCAGCUGGAUCUCUUGGCCCUCGCUGAGGAGCUGGAGCAGGAGGAAGGACUGUCUUUGGCACAGCUGGAGCAGAAGCGACUCCUGGAACUGAAGCAGGAGGAGGGUGUGCAGGCCCCCGCGAGUCACGGCACACCCCGACUGGACUCAAGGCCUUCUGGGUCUGAGGCCGGCCAGGAUCCCCAGAGGCACGGCCAUGGCCCCCAGCUAGGGGCCAGCGACCAAGCCUGCCCACCAGAGUCUGGUUGCGGGCAGCGCCAGGCGCACAGCCGAGGAGACGCUGGCGUGUGGAGGCCCGAAGCCUUCGCUGCCUCUCCAGGACGCCAGGAGCCCCCUCCCCUGAAGGCUGGCUGGCGGCCCCAUGCCCCCCAGGCUCGGUGCCGCACUUCGCCCAGCCUGGGGCCCAGGCUCGCCACUGCUCCGGGAGAGACCUGUCCUGCUCGGGAGCCCCUGGGGCCCACGGGCAGGCCCAGUGAGGGCGAGGAGGAGCUCCCCAGCCUGGCCUUCCUCCUGGCAUCUCAGCACACACUGCCAUCCUGGGGACUGCCCCAGAGUCCUACUCCAGGCUCAGACCUCCUCCGCCCUGGAGUACCCCAGGCCCGCUCUCCCCAGAAGCCGGGCCUCAGCCCCGCUGGCCCUCCAGCUGGCAAGGCCAGCAGUCGGGCCCCGUGUGCAGGCCCAGCCCCUGCUGGGAAGACACCCCUGCCAGGGGCCAGCCUCGGGGUCGCUGGGGGACCAGCCUUGGCUCUGGGGCUGGGCUGCCCCUCACAGCCCCGGAAGAGAAGGGGGGACCCUUUCGGCACAGGGAAGGGUAGGAAGCGGCCCUGCAGCCAGUAG